AUGGAUAAAGACGAAAAGAUUGUCUGCAGCGACAUGCCAGCAGAUGUCGAGAUGGGCAGCGGGAACACAGAGGUCAUCCCCUCCAGCGGCCUCAAGCGUGAAUUAGGAUCCCGACACAUCAACAUGAUUGCUGUUGCUGGCAUGAUUGGAACGGGACUCUUCCUCAGCUCUGGCCAAGUCAUCGCGACAGCAGGCCCAGUUGGAGCUCUUCUCGCGUAUACACUCAUGGGUUUCGUAACAGCAGGUGUUGCGUAUACCACGGGAGAGAUUACAGCUUUUAUGCCAUCAACUGGCGGUUUCGUUCGCCAUGCGACCAAGUUCGUUGAGCCUGCACUUGGUGCAGCAACAGGCUGGAAUUUUUGGUACACAAUGGCAAUCAACAUGCCCGCCGAGAUCAGCGCCGCUGCCACGCUCGUCCAGUUCUGGAACACAUCCAUCAACCCUGGCGUCUGGAUCACCAUCUUCCUCAUCUUCAUCAUCGUCGCCAACCUUUGCGGAGCGAAACUCUACGGCGAAUCUGAAGUUGUCUUCGCAUCCCUCAAGAUCAUGCUCAUUAUCGGUCUCAUCAUUGGUGGACUCGUCAUUGACCUCGGUGGAGCACCGAAUCAUGAACGGCUGGGCUUCCGAUACUGGAUCCAUCCAGGAGCUUUCAAUACUUAUAUCAAAGAAGGCUCAGCUGGAAGGUUCCUGGCUUUCUGGAAAGCAAUGCUUCCAGCUGCUUUCAGCUACGGCAAUAUCCAGGUCGUGGCUAUCUCGGGCUCUGAAACACGUAACCCGCGAAAGCUUAUCCCAGCUGCGACAAAGAAGACAUUUUACCGCAUUUUCUUCUUUUACUUUUGCAGCAUCUUUAUCGUUGGUCUUAUUGUACCAUACAAUGACCCAGCUCUCGGCGUCUCUACCGGAACCGCCUCACAGUCUCCAUUCGUCAUUGCCUUCCAACGAUCAGGAGUAUCAGUCGUCCCCUCGAUCAUCAACGCUGUCGUGUGCACGUCAGCCAUCAGCAGCGGAUCUGCUUGUAUCUUCAUCGCCUCUCGAACUCUCUUCGGCCUGAGUUGUGAUGGUCACGCCCCUCAGUUGUUCCAACGUUGCAACAGAUUCGGCACUCCUCACUAUGCGGUUGGCAUGAGCUGCCUUCUAUCUCCACUUGUGUACCUCACAGUUGUGAACAACACUUCUGUGGUAUUCUCGUGGUUUGUAAACAUCACAACCGUUGCUGGCCUCAUCGGCUGGGUAGUUAUCCAAGUGACCUAUCUCCGUUUCUUUGCUGGUCUAAAGAAGCAGGGCUACAGUAGAGAAGAUCUUCCCUACAAGAGCCCCUUCCAACCAUACGUGGCCUGGGCUACAUUAUUUGUUGUCUCACUAGUGAUCAUGUUCUGUGGGUUUGACGUCUUCGUGAAGGGCCACUUCACUGCCCAGGGAUUCAUCACAUGUUACAUCAACAUAGCCAUCUUUGCUGUGCUGUACGCAAUCUUCAAGAUCCGGCUGAGGUCAAAAGUCAUACCAACUUCACAGAUCGAGUUCAGUGAAGAGUUUCAGUCAAUUCGGGAAGAAAAACAGCAGGAGGAAGCUAAUCGACAACAUAAAUAA